UUUAUGGUGCAAUGUUCAAGGGAAACGGUAUGUUACGUGCAUAUCGCAUACCAGAAUAAAGGAAUUGAAAAAAUUAUCAGGUUGAUUAAUUUUUUUUCUAUGAAAAAAGCUCUUUGUCAGAUAUAUAAGAAGAAAUUGAUUGAUAAGAAGAAAUCUGUUUUCUUUCCUUUUUUCUUUUGCUGUUUCGAUUAGUCAGAAGUCGCGGGAUUUUGUAGAUAAUUCAAUUAAUUUAAUUAAGCGGAACACUAUUUUCCAUAGCCUACCUCGUAUCCGGCAUUGUCGCUACUUUUUGGAACGCACAGUCACAUAUAUUCUUACGUGUAAUUGAAUUAAUAUUAUUAUUUAAUUAAAUAACGCACGACCUAGCUUCGAACAGUUUGCUUUUUCUAUUCUAUCAUCGACUGAGAAAUUGAUUAAACGACUGAAUCCGGAAUAUGAAAUGGCCAGAAUUAUAGCAAACAUAAUUAUAUAUUUGUGCUUGGCGUGUAGUAUUAUUAGUGCUAAUGAAGAUAACGAUAACAUAGUUGAAAAUGUAAGAUCCGAAACGGUAUACAAAACACCAGAGGUGCCACUGGUUGAGACUUCUUAUUUAGUGGAGACAUUUAAUGAUGAAGAAAAGUUUAAAAAUAGAUGGGUGUUGUCAGAAGCAAAGAAAGAUUCUAUAGACGAGGAUAUAGCUAAAUACGAUGGAAUCUGGUCUGUAGAAGAGCCCAAAAAACAUGCACAGGAGGGCGAUCUAGGAUUAGUGCUUAAAAGCAAGGCUAGACACGCCGCUAUAGCUGCUGAAUUAUCUGAACCAUUUUAUCUUAAGGAUAAGCCAUUAGUUGUACAGUACGAAGUAAACUUUCAAGAAGGUCAAGAAUGUGGUGGAGCUUAUUUAAAGUUACUCACUUUGGCCCAGGGGCAUGAAGAUUUAAAAAAGUUUCAUGAUAAAACUCCUUAUACUAUAAUGUUUGGACCUGACAAGUGUGGAAACGAUCAUAAGCUGCAUUUCAUCUUCCGGCAUAAAAAUCCUCUGAAUGGUUCCAUAGAAGAGAAACACUGUAAGAAGCCAAGAGAAAGAUUAGAAGAUUUCUUCAAAGAUAAACAACCUCAUUUAUACACUUUGAUUGUUCGACCAGAUAAUAGUUUUGAAAUCAAAGUUGAUAAUAAGGUUGUAAAUUCUGGCUCUCUAUUGGAUGACUUUACUCCACCUGUUAAUCCACCUUUGGAAAUUGAAGAUCCUACCGAUGUUCAACCCGAAGACUGGGAUGAUAGAGAAAAGAUUGCCGAUUUAUCAGCUGUUAAACCAGACGACUGGGACGAAGAUGCCCCGGCACAAAUAGUCGACGAGGAUGACGUUAUGCCUAAGGGAUGGCUCGAAGACGAACCACCCAUGAUACCUAAUCCCGAUUCCGUUAAACCCGAAGAUUGGGAUGUCGAAAUGGAUGGGGAUUGGGAACCUCCUGAGAUACCAAAUCCAAAAUGUGCAGAUGUGCCAGGCUGUGGACCGUAUAAACAAAAGAUGAAGAAAAAUCCACGAUACAAGGGUAGAUGGUCGCCGCCCCUGAUCAACAACCCUAAUUACAAGGGAAAAUGGAAGCCUAGACUGAUACACAAUCCUGAUUACUUUAAUGAUGAACAUCCAUUCCGGAUGAUGCCUAUUUUUGCUAUUGGUUUUGAACUUUGGUCUAUGUCCACGGAUAUUUUCUUUGACAAUAUUCUUAUCACGGACGACGAGGAAGUAGCGGCAAAAUGGGCAGAGGAAACAUUUGAAGUACGUCGUGCUAGAAUUGCGGAAGAGAGCGUAACUUUAUGGGGUCGCAUAUUGAAAGCUACAAAUUAUAAACCAGGCUGGUGGGCGCUAUAUUUCUUAUAUUGCGCGAUACCAGUCGUAUUAUAUGUUUGGUACCUACUGAAACGACUUCGUGAGGACAAAUAUGACUUAAAGGAUGAAGAUAAGCAACCUUUAGAGGUGAAUGAAGAAACUGAAUCCAAACAAGAAGAAAACGAAAAUUCACCUCCUAUUAAAGAACCAGAAGGAGAAGAAGAAGGAGGAGGAGAAGAAGAAGGAGGAGGAGAAGGAGAAGAAGAAGGGAAGCAGAAUGAAAUUGAAGAAAUGAUUGAAAGUGAAGAAAAUGAUAAGCCAGCAGUGGGCGGUGAUGGACCACGACGAAGAAAACCGAAUAAAGAAUAGAGUUUAUUAAACUUAAAUGAAAGAAAUUCAUAUUACUGAUAUUUAUGUAAAAUUCACAUUCCACUUAACACUUGCCAUUGUGGACAUUAGGAUUUUUCAGUGUUAAUUACACGCAAUAUGAUCACCAGGAACCAGACUUUUUAAUAGGUAUCUGGUUCUGAAACAUAAGUUUUCAUUACAUCAUAGCUUGAUGCAAAUGAUUUCACGUCGAGCAUGUUUCUUACGUAUGAAUGAAAUACUUACACAAAAAUUUGUAAGAAUGAUGUUCAGUGUAACUGUUUAUGCCUUAAUAAUAUGUAGCAACAUAAUUUUGUUAAUUGUAUAUUAAAAACGAAUAAUAGAAUAAGUUUCUUCACAAUUUCUAUACAACAAACGAAUGAUCGUGUGUUUAAACUUCCGUGAAUCAUGUCACGUGGUAUUUUAAACACAUUAUCUAUACGAAACUUAUGAUAUUUAGUUAAUGUUUUAUUAGGUAUUUAUUAUAAUAUUAUUCAGUGUAAUAGACUUUCUUAAAUGUUUCAUUCUUUUGCCACUAUGUUAAUAAAGUGUACGAUGUGAAUGAAAUACUUUUAUGUAGUAUACAAAGUUGUAUUAUUUAUAAAUGUUAAGUUUGAAAUUGUUUAAAAAGUAAUUAAAUUAAUACUUUACGAAGA